AUGGCCGACAUACUGAGUAUCGGCGGUGAGCCGAUCUUCGACGAGCGCAUCGUCGGAAUCGAGAUUUACACGUAUAACCCGUACGUCAACACGACGUUCGGACACAACGACGAGAUACGAAUACCCAUACAGCAGCAGGAUCUAAAACUGCAAAACGCUGGAUGGAGUUAUCCGACGAGCGAAUCGAAUCUGAACAACGCGUCCCAUCAAUUCAACUUUUGCGUACCUUUAAAUAUUUUUUUGGGUUUUUGCGAGGACUACAGACGCGUGGUGAUAAACGCGCGACACGAGCUUAUCCUGAUACGCUCUUGUAGCGACCACAACUGCGUCGUAGAUCCGAAGAAAACCGUGCCGAGAGAUCCGGCCAAGGAUCCUAAAAUUACGUUGUUGAAAGUGCAAUGGCGUAUGCCUCACGUGGCGCUGAACGACGUGACUAAAUUAUCGCUGUUGCGAACGUUGGAGAGCGGACGAUUUCCGAGCGCGGGCUUUCGCUCUUGGGAUCUGUACGAAUUUCCCCUGUUGCAGAGCACGACCAAGCAUUCGUGGGCCGUGAAAGCCGCGCCGCAAUUGGAGACCGGACGGCGAAACGAAUUCGCGGGCGACGCCUCGAGGUUCGAUCAUUGCGCGCUCGCCAACGUGAAAUUGUAUCUCAACUCGGAAUUCUAUCCCUACGACGACGUGAACGUGGAUUUCAAGAGCGACAAGUUCGCCGUGCUGUACGAGAUGUACGCAAAAUUUCGAGGAGCGUAUUACGGGAACGGUCGCGACGACGCGCUCUUUUCCCCGCGCGAAUUCGCGCGGGUAGCUCCGCUCGCGGUGAUCGAUUGUUCCCGUCAAAACGAAUCGGUGAAGAGCGCCACCGUGGACGUGCGCAUCGAAUUCGAAAACAAGGAAAACGUUCCGCCGAAAACCACAGCUUUUUGUCUCAUCGUUCACGAUCGAGUCAUCGAGUACAGUCCGCUGACCAACGUGGUGCGCAAAAUUAUCUAA